AUGUCCGAAUUGACUUUUGCCAAAUCAUUCUUGUCUGCGCUAGACUCACGACCGAUCAAGCUUCGCGCUGACCAUGUCUUCGACCCCGAACAGGUUGGACUGCGAGUUCCUUACACUCUUCCCCGCCUCUCAGCCCCGCAUCCUUCCAUGCCCAAGAAGGUGAAGUCGACACACGCACCGGGCUCCUCCAAAUCAAUCACUGUCCGUGUCAAGUCGGCCCGAAACCCGAUCUUGGAUUUCUCUAUCCCCAACGCCCCAUUGUCGACUACCUCCGUCCAAGAUAUUCGUGAUGCCGUGCGAGGUCGCAUCACCGAUACACAAGGCGGCCAAGUUCCUCUGGAAAAGAUCAAGAUCCUUUAUAAGCGAAAGCCGGUAUCUGGAACUGGAAAGACACUUGCCGAAUUGCUAGUAGACGAACCCGCAAUCCUGGCUGGGGGCAAAGAAGUUGAGAUCGGUAUUAUGGUCAUGGGCGGUGCUCAGGCAGUUGAAGCUUCCGUGACGCAGCCAGAAGUCCCAGAGAAGCGUAAUGAAUCUCCGCCCAAGCCUGCCGUGGGGCCCAGUGGCGAGGAGGUACUGCAGACGGAGGCUUUCUGGGAUGACUUGCAGGGUUACCUGGAACAGCGUCUGAAGGAUGAGGGUGAAGCACAGCAUCUGAGGUCGCUAUUCAAAGAUGCGUGGAAGUCUGCAAACUAG